AUGAAAGAAAAGAAUAAUCAGGACCAUCGAAUUAUUGCCAAAGAAUUAGAACUGUACAUUCUGGACGACCAAGCCGGACAAGUAAUCACCCCCAUUCUUGGAAGUGAAUAUUUAUAUCAAACUAGUGGGCAUUUGGACCAUUACCAAGCUUCUAUGUUCCCGGCAAUUAGCCGUGAUAACGAGACCUUUUAUUUGCGACCGAUGACUUGCCCCCAUCAUUGUCUUAUUUAUCGACAAAAACCUCGUUCUUACCGGGAAUUACCUUUCCGUUUAUGCGAAAAUUCUCUUUUAUUUCGCUACGAAGCUUCCGGAGCCUUGAAAGGCUUAGAAAGAGCCCGAGGUGAAGCAGCUUUUUACGGUCCGAAACUAGAUAUCGAAGUUCAAACUGCUGAUGGGAAAAAUAUUACUUUAGCAACUAUCCAGUUAGAUUUUGUUUUGCCCGAAAAAUUUGGUCUAAAAUAUAUAGAUAAGGAGCAAAAUUUACAAACCCCAGCAAUUAUUCACCAUGCUCCCGCUACGUCCUGCCAAGUGGCUAUUUUACCUAUUAAUGAAGAGGAAGAAGUGAAAAAGUAUUGUGAAGAAUUAAAAAAAGAAUUAAUCAAAGAUAAUUUGCGAGUAAAAAUAAUUUCCAAAAAGACCCUUGGUUAUCGUAUUAACGAAGUAUAUCAAAAAAAAAUUCCUUACUAUUUAGUAAUUGGAAAGGAGGAGUUGAAAACAAAAAGAUUAAAAUUGAUUUAUACUUAUCAAGAAGGAAAAACCGAAGAUCCCGAGAAUAGAAAAAAUUAUCAGGAGGGAGUAGAUUAUCGCAUUGAGGAAAUGGGAGGUGACUUUAAGAAAUAUAUCAUUCUUUCGGAAAAACUAAAAGCGGAUUUUCGAAGAUUUAAUGUUAAUAGUGAUAUUUUUCCUGACGAGCAUUUUGCCUGGGGUUCAAAUAUGUCCGAAAACUUAAAAAAACCAGGAAGUAGUGAUUACAAAGCCGUCCAAGCAGUCCAAAAAGCGGGAGCCAAUACCCGAGGUCGCUUUUAUGAAGAAGGAGUAGAUGAAAAAGAAAUUAUUUCUGGCGAUUUAAUUUUUGACGAAGCAACUUAUUCAGAAUUAAGAAAAGCCGUUUUUGCUAAUCAAUUAAAAAAUAUUCUCAAAAAUAAAUCCGAGUGGAAAAUUGAGGAAAAAUUAGAAAAAACCAACCAGAAAAAUAUAACUCUUAAAUCUAAAAACAGUGCCGAGUAUAACCAAACCAAUUUUCUCCCGACUGAAUGA